CAAGUCGAUGAAGCUCUGUAAGUGGUCUCGGAGCCUUAUCUUCCUCAUUUACCUCCAUCAUAUUGAUUGGAUUGUCUGAUUAAUUGACAUCGGCAAUCAGUUCAUAUGCUUUUAGUUUCUGAAUAAUCUGCUUGGUCGCUGGUAAAGUGUGGGAAAAUGAUUUCAAUUUACUUCCUUUAAUGUAUUUGACUUCCAUUAUAUGAGCAACUGGACCUAAAUGAGCUCACGUUUGCUAGUCGAGCUGAGUUUUUACGUUUUUGUUAAUAACCUAAUAUAAUUAGAUUGAAUAUCUUCUGUUCUUUUUUGUCUUUUCAUGAUUUCAAAUUUGUUACAGUUCUUCUGGAUUUUCCCCCUCUCUUUCUUAUGUGAUUGAUCUAAUUAAUUUCCAAUGUACAAAAAGUUGAUUUUGUUUUUGUCCACUAUUGACUUCUGAAAUUGUUGAAUUGGAAUAAUUACUGAAAAAUCCAAUUGUAUUUUGUGAAAAUGAUUCUUAUAUGCAGUGUUUAUGGGUAUUAUUAGAAAUCCCAAAGACUGAUAAUGCACUUUCGGGGGACCAUUCCUAGCAUUUUUUUUCUCUGCUGGUUUGAGCUGCCAGUUUUUGACUGAGUAUGGUUUGUAUGAUAAAAUGUACAAGAAUAUAUGCAUUAUAAUGGUUUGGUGUAAUGGUAACACACGCACAGCUUAGGCAUGCAGUGGAGUGGUGAUCUCUGAACAAAUUAUGGCAUUAGUUUCUGGUUUUCCUUGCACCCAUUUUCCCAUUUUGUUUCCUUGCCAACCUUUGUUUUGUACUUUGCAUGAAUACCAUAUAUUAGGUUGUGUGUUUUGGUAUCUAUGUAAUUUGUAACUAUCAAUUUAUGCUUAUUGUUCAUCAUCUGGGUGAACAGGUCCAUAGUCUGUGGUCUGGUGAUUCAGCACCUUAUGCAUAUGUUUGUGAAUUGAUGAUUCCAUUAUGCUGGCAAUAUUUGAGAAUAUAGGCUGGUUAAAAGGAAACACAGCUGAUGAAGAUAACACCAUUUAUCGAUCUCAUUACCCAGUUGGCCUACACACCUCCUACGUGGGCAAGUCUAGUUUCCGGUGUUUUUGUACUCAUCACUCUUACUCUUUCAAUAUAUCUUGUGUUUGAGCACCUUUCUGCAUACAAACUUCCUGAGGAGCAAAAGUUUUUAAUUGGUGUUGUCCUCAUGGUUCCAUGCUAUGCAGUAGAAUCAUUAAUAUCGUUGGUGAACCCAUCGAUAAGCGUUGAUUGCGAGAUUCUACGGGAUUGCUAUGAAUCCUUUGCCAUGUAUUGCUUUGGAAGAUACCUGGUUGCAUGCUUGGGUGGGGAAGAGAGGACUAUCGAGUUUAUGGAAAGGGAAGGACGUGCAAGUUCUAAGACUCCCCUAUUAGAAUAUAGUUCUGAAAAGGGAACUGUUAAGCAUCCUUUUCCAUUGAAUUAUAUCUUGAAACCAUGGAAACUUGGUCAAUGGUUUUACCAAAUUGUCAAAUUUGGAAUUGUUCAGUAUAUGUUAAUUAAGUCUCUCAGUGCUAUUUUAGCUGUUAUCCUUGAAGCUUUUGGUGUAUAUUGUGAAGGAGAAUUUAAAUGGGGAUGUGGGUAUCCUUAUCUUGCAGUGGUUCUAAAUUUUAGUCAGUCAUGGGCGUUGUACUGUCUUGUUCAAUUUUACGCUGUUACAAAAGAUGAACUAGCUCACAUAAAACCAUUAGCCAAGUUUUUGACAUUUAAAUCAAUUGUUUUUUUGACAUGGUGGCAAGGCGUGGCAAUUGCUCUUCUUUAUGCCCUGGGUUUGUUCAAAAGCCCUAUAGCUCAAGGCUUACAGUUUAAGUCAAGUGUUCAGGACUUCAUCAUUUGUAUAGAGAUGGGCAUUGCUUCUGUUGUUCACCUAUAUGUGUUUCCUGCAAAGCGUUAUGAGCUGAUGGGAGAUCGUUACACUGGAAGUGUCUCAGUUCUUGGAGACUAUGUAUCGGCUGACAGUCCUUUGGAUCCCGAGGAGGUUAGGGACAGUGAACGCCCCACGAAGCUACGCCUUCCCAAUCCUGACAUUGAUGUCAGGAGUGGAAUGACCAUAAGAGAAAGUGUUCGGGACGUUUUCGUUGGUGGCGGGGAAUAUAUUGUGAAAGAUGUGAGGUUCACAGUAACACAGGCAGUAGAGCCGGUAGAGAAGGGGAUCACCAGGUUCAAUGAGAAGCUACACAAGAUCUCCCAAAACAUUAAGAGACAUGACAAAGAGAAAAGAAAAACGAAAGAUGACAGUUUUAUAACGGCAUCAUCACCAACACAGAAGUUGAUUCGUGGGAUAGACGACCCUCUUUUGAAUGGAAGCAUGAGUGACAGUGGGGUUGCAAGGGGAAAGAAGCAUCGUCGAAAAUCUGGAUAUACCAGUGCAGAAAGUGGGGGAGAGAGCAGUAGUGAUCAAAGUUACAGUGGGUAUCAGGUAACAGGCCGUAGGUGGGUAACCAAAGAUUAGAAGAGGAAUAUGAUCAUGGCAGUUUUGUCAUCAGAUGCUGUGGCCUGGCCUGUGGGUUAUCCAUUGUUGUCUGCUUGGCUAUAUUUUUAUCUCAAGGGGUUGUCUUAUUGUUUCUUCCAUUUCAUUUUUAUACACGAGGAUGGUGAGAACUCUUGCCUGGGGUUACUUUUUUUUGCUAGAGGCAUGAGAAUUGUAAAUGGUGUCUAGAGGAAACAUUUUAUUUAGGAUGAUGUAAUUUGCACAUUUAUGUUGCGGACAGUAAUUGUAACAGCAAAACUUAGAAUUUA